AUGAGGGUUAUUCAGGUAUGGAGAUACAACUCCACAGUGGUCACCGCUGAAGGGCGAGAAGAUGGAGAAGACGAAAACGAGAUUGAGGAAAAUCUUAACAUCGAUGCUGUUGAAACUGAAGAACAAGAACCAGAACCUGAAGAAAAUAUUCUGUCUCGCCGUGAGGGCGUUGUUGCUACACAGAGUUCUGAGGGAUGGAGCGGAGUCCCAGGGAGAGCGAUCGAUGGAGACCACACUUCUGUGUGGUCCGGCGGAUCCUGUACCCAUACUCAAAAUACUGGAACCAGCUGGUGGAAACUGGAUCUUGGAGAGUCUUCUCCAGUUAAAUUCGUCCGGAUUACUAACAGAGCUGCGUACGGUGAACGUCUCGAAGGAGCAGUCAUUCGCGUUGGUGACUCCGAAACGAUUGAAGAAAAUCCCGAGUGCAGUAAUGCCAUAACUACUUUCGACAUUAGAAACGGACCCACCAUCAACAAGUUCUGUAGGCCCAAUACAGCCGGCAGAUACGUUAGUGUCCAUGUUGACAACUUUCUGACGCUCUGUGAAGUGGAGGUGUUCAGUUCAGAGUUAUUGAGUGAAGGACGUCAUGCCAUACAGAGUUCUCUUGGAUGGGGUGGAAUUCCAGGAAGAGCAGUUGACGGCUCUAGAUCUACCAACUACAACCACAAUUCCUGUACACAUACAGAACGAGGACCUGUAAAUUGGUGGAUGGUGGAUCUAGGAAAUUCCUACAGCAUUCAAUAUGUGAGAAUUCACAAUCGAGGAGAUUGCUGCCGGGAACGAUUGAAUGGUGCCACUAUUCGUGUCGGAGAUAAUUAUGAUGGUAUGCUGACUAAUGCCCAGUGUGGAGAGCCAAUCGCUGAUGCAGACACAAGCGCCAGCUCCGUAAUUGAUCGACAGUGCAAUCCCCCACUUGAUGGACGAUACGUUAGUGUCGCGAUCGAGGUGGACACAUACCUGACCCUUUGUGAGGUCGAGGUGUGGGGACAGGGAGAUUUAUCACGACCUGAAGAAAAUACUGAAACUGGUUUGUUGUCGAGUGGAAGACCAACUGCCCAGAGUUCGACUGGGUGGCAAGGACUCUCGCUGAGAGGUGUCGAUGGUGAUUAUCGUGGAAGAUACGGUGACCGAACAUGUACACACACACGUAAGACACAUUUCCGCUACGUUAGACUGAAGAAUCGAGAAGAUUGUUGCUUUGACCGCUUGAACAAUGCUCAGGUUCGUGUCGGUGACAGUGAAGACGUCUUGUCCAACGCCGAAUGCGGCGAAGCAUUUACGAUGGAGGACAUUAAUGUACCGUCCCCUUUCCGAAUAUGCAAUGGUGACGACGGCGUCCAGGGACGUUACGUUAGCGUUAACGUAAACAACUACCUGACUUUGUGUGAAGUUGAGGUGUUCAAUACAUUGCCAAUCGCCUUUGGCGGGGUAGCCAGUCAGAGCUCCGUUGGAUGGGGUGGCGUGGCCGGAAGAGCCAUCGAUAAUCGUCGAACCAUGAACUACGGACAAAACAGUUGCACACAUACACAGAAUGAACCUAACAGUUGGUGGAUGGUCGACCUCCAAGAGACCUUUGACAUCAACCUUGUGCGCAUGUACAACAGAGAGGAUUGCUGUAGGGAUCGUCUGGUAGGUGCUGUCGUUCGUGUAAGCCUUCAAGAAGAGAGCCAAUCUGGCGACCAAUGCGGUGAGCCUGUUUCUGCCCUUGAUAUCAGUCGCGACAGCCGAAUAAGUCGGGAGUGCAGCCUCAAUGGUCGUUAUGUUUCUGUUACAGUCAGCAAUUAUUUGACCCUGUGUGAAGUGGAAGUCUUUGGAUUACCUGAUGCUGCAACUGUAGCCGCCAGAGAAGCAGCCGCUGCCGAAGCAGCCCGUCUAUUGGAAGAGGCAGAAAGAGCAGCAGAGGAAGCCCGCCAGAGAGCUGAGGCUGAAGCAGCUGCAGAGGCGCAACGUAUUCUGGAAGAGACCAGAGGAAUAAGGCUUGUUGGAGGUGCUUCCGAAAAUGAAGGAAGAGUCGAAAUAUUCGCCAACGGCGGAUGGGGCACUGUAUGUGAUGAUUACUGGGAUAUUCUUGAUGGAGCUGUGGCCUGCAGACAAAUGGGAUACCAAGGAUUAGCCUCGAGUGCCCCUAUGCGUGCUGAAUUCGGACAGGGUGAUGUACCUAUCCUUCUAGACGAUGUUACUUGCUCUGGUUCAGAAAAUAGAUUGACUGAUUGUCCAAAUUUGGGGAUUGGCAGACACAACUGUGCUCACAGUGAGGACGCUGGCGUCGUCUGCAAUACCGGAAAUCCACCAUCUCCUCGUUCAUCCAGUGAACCGACCAUUAGACUCGUCGGUGGAAGCGGCAACAACGAAGGAAGAGUUGAAGUUUACAUUAACGGUUAUUGGGGAACAGUAUGUGAUGACGGUUGGGGUAUCAAUGAUGCUAACGUCGUCUGCAGAGAGUUAGACUUCACCCAUGGUGCACAAGACGCUCUACAAAGUGCACAUUUUGGACAAGGAGACGAAAGUUUUCCUAUUCUACUGGACGACGUUGCUUGCUCUGGAACAGAAUCGGACCUUUUGUCCUGUGGUAAUAUAGGCAUUGGAAGACACAAUUGUGGGCACUCGGAAGACGCAAGUGUAAUUUGUAACACAAUGGCACCUGCACCAGAUGUCCUUGUAAGACUUGCUGGAACUCCUAGAGAAAGCGAAGGCCGUGUUGAAGUCUGGUCGGGAGGAAGAUGGGGAACAGUGUGUGAUGACUACUGGAGCAUGGAAGACGCCAACGUCGUCUGCAGGUACUUGGGAUUCACAGAAGGGGCACGGGAAGCCCCAAUGCAAGCUAGGUUCGGCGUAGGUAGUGGCGAUAUCAUUUUAGAUGACGUCAGAUGUAGUGGAUCCGAGUCAAGUAUAUUUGAUUGUUCUCACACUGAACGUCAUAAUUGUGGACAUCAUGAAGAUGCAUCCGUCAUUUGUGUUAGCAAUCACGGAAGCGCCGGCGACGUUCGUCUUGUAGGAGGAGGCUCAGAACGCGAAGGCCGUGUUGAAAUUAACCUUGGUGGACGAUGGGGUACAGUAUGCGAUGAUUACUGGGAUAUCAAUGAUGCCCACGUCGUAUGCAAUCAGCUGGGCCAAGGUAGAGCAAGAGAGGCCGUCUCGCGAGCCAGGUUUGGACAAGGGUCAGACGAUAUUCUCCUGGACAAUGUUGGCUGCGGAGGAUCAGAGUCAAGUCUUAUUGAAUGCUCAAACAUAGGAAUAGGACAACACAACUGUGCCCACAGCGAAGAUGCAGGUGUCAUCUGCAUUGGUCCACAACCUAACUCUCAAUUACGACUUGUCGGUGGAGGUAACAGCAACGAAGGGCGAGUUGAAAUAAACGUGGAUGGAGAGUGGGGCACCGUAUGUGAUGACUAUUGGGACAUGAGUGACGCUCGAGUUGUUUGCAGACAAUUAGGCAAACCAGAAGCCAGUGAUGCACCACAGCGGGCUCGUUUUGGACGAGGGUCUGGACCGAUUGUGUUUGAUAAUGUGCAGUGUGCAGGAACUGAGAGUGAUCUUGCACAUUGCGCCAACAAUGGACGUCGAAUACACAAUUGCGGUCAUCAUGAGGAUGCCUCUGUUGUUUGUGGAAGAAGCGCCGGCAACGUUCGGCUUGUAGGAGGAGGCUCAGAACGCGAAGGCCGUGUUGAAAUUAACCAUGGUGGACGAUGGGGUACAGUAUGCGAUGAUUACUGGGAUAUCAAUGAUGCCCAUGUCGUAUGCAAUCAGCUGGGCCAAGGUAGAGCAAGAGAGGCCGUCUCGCGAGCCAGGUUUGGACAAGGGUCAGGCGAUAUUCUCCUGGACAAUGUUGGCUGCGGAGGAUCAGAGUCAAGUCUUAUUGAAUGCUCAAACAUAGGAAUAGGACGACACAACUGUGCCCACAGCGAAGAUGCAGGUGUCAUCUGCAUUGGGAGAUGAAACUGGGGAUGGUUAUGCGGCUAAAUAUCUCUUCGCUGCCUGCUACCUUAUACUGAAAUUGGACCGUACAAUGACGAACGUAUUAAAAUAAUUAAACUAAAAUUCAGUAUAAAUCUGGGAUUCUUUUGGGUGAUUAUUCUUUAUCUGUCUAAUAAAAUGAUAAAAGGUUUCCUCUGCAAA